CCCAUGAAACCGGGCUUUGACGAUCCAUAGAACUGGACUCAAAGUUACCAAAAUAAGCUCCCAUUCCAUCCUUUUCCCGCAAAGCUUAGACCAAACGGAGGGGGAAAAGAAAGAAAUGCUGCGAAAUGGAGUGAAGAAGCUGACUCUUCAAACCUCAUCCGCAGCAAUCGGAUUCACUUCACUUCUUUCAGCUCCUGAUUUCCUCCAUUAUUCUAGAGAUCAUUGUACAGUAUAUAAGGUUCUUGAAGCCUGCAGGCUUUCCUCAGAUUAUAAGGCUGCAACUGCAAUCCACACAAGAAUCUUUAAACUAGGGUAUGUGACUUAUCCAUCUCUUGUAGCUUCUUUGGUAUUGACUUAUUUGCAAUGUGAUCGCCUUCUUCUAGCUCGGAAACUUCUCGAUCAAGUUUUCCGUUUGGAUUUUAAUGUGGUCAUUGUAAACUUAGUUAUUGAACAUCUAAUGGGACUUGGAGAAUAUGGUUUUGCAAAGAAGUGCUUCCAUAAAACGCCUGUCCGGGAUGUGAUCACAUGGAACCUAAUGAUCGGAGGAUAUGUUAGAAAUUCACGCUUUGAAGAGGCUUUAAGCUUCUUCCGUGAGAUGCUUGACUCAAAUGUGGAGCCGGAUAAGUUUACUUUUGCUUCGGUUAUGACAGGGUGUGCACGACUUGGAGCUAUUAAUCAUGCUUUAUGGGUGCAUCGUUUGAUGACCGAGAAAGAAAUUGAACUCAAUCCCAUACUUAGUUCGGCAUUAAUAGACAUGUACUCAAAGUGCGGUAGAAUUCAAACUGCAAAGGAAGUUUUCAAUGGUGCAGACCACAGUGAUGUGUCUGUUUGGAAUGCAAUGAUUAAUGGGCUCGCAGCUCAUGGGCUUCCGUUCGAUGCAAUUGCAGUGUUCUCAAAGAUGGAAGUGGAAAAUAUUUUUCCUGAUUCAAUAACUUUCAUUGGAAUCUUAACUGCAUGCAGUCACUCUGGUUUAGUUGAUGUGGGUCGGAAAUAUUUUAAUUUGAUGAGUAGCCACUAUUCAAUUGAGCCCCAAAUGGAGCAUUACGGGGUGAUGGUUGACCUCUUUGGUCGAGCUGGCCUGCUAGAAGAGGCUUAUGCUGUUAUUGAAGCAAUGCCUGUGGAGCCAGAUGUUGUCAUUUGGAGGGCACUUUUAAGUGCUUGUAGAAUUUAUCAAAAACCAAAGUUGGGUGAAGUUGCCAUUGCGAAUAUGUCACGUCUUAAGAGUGGUGAUUAUGUCCUGCUGUCAAAUAUGUACUGCUCGAUGAAGAGAUGGGAAAGCGCUGAAGGAGUCAGAGAAUUGAUGAAGAAAAAGGGUAUUCGGAAAAUUAGAGGAAGGAGUUGGAUUGAGUUAGGAGGAGUCAUUCACCGCUUCAAGGCCGGUGAUAGAUCUCACCCUGAAACAGAGGGACUAUACAAAGUGUUAGAUGGGUUGAUACGACAGACAAAGUUGGAAGGGUUUCUUCCUCAAACGGAUUUGGUUUUAAUGGAUAUCUCCGAAGAGGAAAAAGAAGGAAACUUGAAUCAUCAUAGUGAGAAGUUGGCACUGGCCUACGGAAUCCUAAAAACAAGUCCUGGAAGAGAAAUUAUGAUAUCAAAAAACCUCCGUAUCUGUCAUGAUUGCCACAAUUGGAUAAAAUUGGUCUCAAAAUUGUUAAUCAGAGUGAUUAUUGUUAGAGAUCGAAUUCGUUUUCAUCGGUUUGAAGGCGGUUCAUGUUCAUGUGAAGACUAUUGGUAGCGAAUUUAUUCCUUCUUGUGCCUAUAGACAAUGUGGAGCAGGUUGUUCAGGAUUGAGGGUUCUGCUGGAAUGUGGUUUUCCUGGCGUAUUCGCUCGGUCUACCUCAAUAGGACCGAUGAUUGCGUGUCUUGCUUAAAAUUCAUGGAAUUAGUCAUGUAAACAGGGGACUAUUCUCUGUUCAUUGCUAUUAAAACCGUACCUGAUGUUUCACCUUCCACCAAUGCCGAAGAAAGAAACAAGUAUCUAUAUGAUGCCAAUGGAUUGUAACAUUGCUUGGAAGAGGAUCAAAACUUAGUCGGAUAUCUGGAAUCAUGCUUGUCAUCAUACUUAACAAUUCGGAGCUUUAUGGGUAAUCAGCUCAACUUUCACAAGGUUUUUGUCAUUAUUCAUUGAUGGUAUAGAUCAAAUAUUUCGGGCUAAAUGACUUCGACUCUUCAUUUUUUCUUACAGUGCUUGUGUCUGAUGUUUACCUGAAUAUAGGGACGAGGAUCGAUAUGGAAAAACUUUACAAAGUCUAACAUACUUGUGUUAGAUACGUACUCUUAUCUGACAUUCACACCCGAGAGCCUAAUAAACUUCACCAGCAAUUAUUUGAUUAACCCCUAAUAAACUUCACCAGCAAUUAUUUGAUUAA